CCCACCCGGCCUGCCGCCGGCCACCCCAUCCGGCGUCCGCAGACCGCAGACCCGAGCCCCGAGGGGCGCAGCCGCCCAGGCGCUGAGGCGCGCCGCGCAGGCGCCGCCGCCCAGGCCCGCAGGCGCCGCCGCCCAGGCGCCCAGGCGCGCAGCGCAGGCGCAGGCCGCAGCCACUGCUGCACGCGCUCGCCCUCCACUCCAGUUCCAUCGCCAUCUGUACUCUUCGGUCCACGGAGGCACGGACGGCGAGCCACGAGCAGUAGACCGGCGACUUGCGAGCCACGAGCAGUAGACCGGCGACUUGCGAGCCACGAGCAGUAGACCGGCGUCCGGCUCCGGCAGCACCCUCGCCGCCUCCGUUCCCCCGCUGUCUCUCUCGCCUCCACCGCCAGCCGGCGAGCCGCCCGAAGCUCCCUCUAGUCCCGCAGGCCACAGUGAUCCAGCUUCCCCUAUGGUUCUAGGCAGCAACAUUUCCAUCCAGAAGACCUUAUACGAGGUUUUAUCUGUGAGUGAAGAUGCUACAUAUGACGAAAUCCGUGCAGCAUACAAGUCUGCUGCUCUGAACACACAUCCUGACAAAGCACAUACAACUCUUGAGUCAUCUGUGCCUUCCAGUGAGCAGCAAGAAUUUCUGAGCGUGCAGAAAGCUUGGGAAAUCCUACGCCAUCCUGCCUCUAGAGCAGACUAUGAUAAGCAGCUGCAAUCGUCCAGACAGAACAUUGAGAUCAUUGCAUCUGAAAUCGAAGUCAGGGAUAUGAUCAUCGAGAGCACUGCUGAUACCGUGGAGCUGCUGUACCCAUGCAGGUGUGGCGAUUAUUUUUCCAUCACUUCGUGUGAACUUGGCGAGAUGGGAAUUUCGGUCAGUGGAGAUGGAGAAGUAGAACAGCAGGCGUCUGAUUCUGCAUCAGCUUCUGUUGUUCUGGGCUGUGGCUCUUGUUCUCUCAAAGUACGUUUGGUUAUAAAUGAAACUCCAUGAUACAUUUCAGACUCUGGUUGUAUGUUUCCCGGCAGUGAUAAGUUUGAGCAAAUGACCUCAGAAUUGUUGAAGAAUACGCCUCUGGUUGUCCUGAAAAUAGUGCACACUGAAAUUAUUUGUUCUUCUGGGAAGUAUCGUGAGACUGAUGGUGGUUGCAUUGUGAUAAAUGACGUUUUGACCGUUGUAAUCAGCUAACCACCAUUGUCAAUUCCAGCCGCUGUGAAUUUAAAAUGUUCCCCUGGUGGUUAUCCGGUACACCUUUGGUUAAUGUUGUUUAUGGGCUGAUUUAAUGGUCGCACCUGCCAGUCGUUCACCUAAACAACAGCUAAAUGAAUGCUUGAUGCUCUUGAUUCUGACAGUUCCUUGACGAGAAGUCCCUGUUGGUUGAGGCCAUUUGCUGUAUUCAAUAAAACGGAUGGUUCAGCAGGCUCUGGAUCUCCUGGGGUAGUUAUAGACAGUAUGGCUCGUUGUGACCGUAUCUGUACUGCUAAGCAAGGACAGCAUCCCAUGCACAAGCAGAACGGGCGUGUACCUUUCUUAAUGCUAGCGGAUAAUCUUUCAGCGCUAGAUGCUUGUAAAGUUUGUGCCUGCCGUUACCGGCAAGUCAUUUGUACAUGACAGCGAUGAUAUAUGAUUCUACCUCCCCGUUUGUUCUA